GCAGAAAUUUCUUCGCGCACUUCGGUUCCCACGAUGAGCGCCGCGGCGGAGGGGAUGCCGCCGGCGGCGGGACCCGAGGCGGUGGGGGAGAUGGUGCGGGAGGCCACGGCGUGGUGCGCGCUGCACGGGCUCGUCGUCGGCGACCGCGCCGACCCGCGAUCUGGGACAGUCCCAGGUGUUGGUUUGGUUCACGCUCCAUUCUCUCUGCUCCCAACACAUCUUCCAGUCUCUUGUUGGAGGCAGGCGUGCGAGUUGGCUCCUAUUUUCAAUGAGCUUGUGGAUCGUGUUAGCUUGGACGGGGACUUCUUGCAAGACUCUUUGUCUAAAACAAAGCAGGUUGACGACUUCACUUCUAGGCUGUUAGAUAUUCACAGGAAGAUGAUGGAAAUAAAUAAGGAAGAGAAUAUUCGGUUGGGCUUGCAUCGAUCAGACUAUAUGCUUGAUUCAGAAACCGAUUCUCUUCUUCAGAUAGAGCUCAACACUAUUUCAGCAUCUUUCCCUGGGCUUGGCUCCUUAGUAAGUGAGCUUCACAGGUCUUUAAUUGAUCGGUAUGGAAACUUAUUUUGUCUGGACUCCAAGAAGGUUCCUGAAAAUGCGGCAAGCUGCCGAUUUGCUAAAGCAUUGGCCAGGGCAUGGGAUGAGUUUAAUGUUGACAGUGCUGUAGUUAUGAUGAUUGUUCAGCCUGAAGAAAGAAAUAUGUAUGACCAGUACUGGCUUGCCAAACAUUUGAAGGAAUCACAUGGCAUAACGACUAUCAGGAAAACUUUGUCAGAGGUGGAGGCUGAAGGCCACGUUCUCCCAGAUGGAACACUUGUCGUAGAUGGCAGGACAGUCUCUGUGGUGUACUUCAGAGCUGGUUAUACACCAAAUGAUUAUCCUUCAGAAGCAGAAUGGACUGCAAGGCUAUUGAUGGAACAAUCAUCUGCUGUAAAGUGCCCUUCAAUAUCAUACCAUUUAGUGGGGACCAAGAAGAUUCAACAAGAACUAGCAAAACCUAAUGUUCUUGAAAGAUUUCUUGAAAACAAGGAGGAAAUCGCAAAGAUCCGUAAAUGCUUUGCAGGGCUAUGGAGCUUGGAUGAUGAAGAGAUUGUCAAAUCUGCAAUCCAAAAACCUGAGCUGUUUGUCUUGAAGCCUCAACGUGAAGGCGGAGGGAACAACAUAUACGGUCUUGAUGUGAGAGAGACCUUGGCCAGACUCCAGAAGGAAGGAGGCGAUGCACUUGCAGCCUACAUACUGAUGCAAAGGAUCUUUCCAAAAGCUUCUCUCGCCAAUCUGGUUCGUGGUGGCGUUUGCCAUGAAGCCCUCGCAAUAUCUGAGCUUGGAAUUUAUGGUGCUUACUUGCGGAACAAAGGUAAGGUGGUCAUGAAUGAACAGAGUGGUUACUUGAUGCGGACAAAAGUUUCGUCGUCAGAUGAAGGUGGUGUUGCUGCAGGAUUUGCUGUUUUGGAUAGUCUGUACUUAACUGACAAGUUGAUAUAGACAUGAGGUCAACAUCUUUUCAGAUUACUCCGCUUAUUUUUGAUGGAUAACAUAUCCCAAAACAACAACAAAUUGUAUCAUGUUUCAAGUGUAUAUGCUUAAAGACGAGCAGCAUUAUUACUUCCCAUCUUAUUAUUUCCCUGGGGGUAAUUAUUGAAGUAGGUCGGUCAAAAUUGGUGAGCAUUAUACAUUAUAAAUUUGUGAAGUUUAAAAUUAACGAAAAAGUAAGGACACUAAUUGAU